AUGGAGAGUGUCGCGUCCUCCCGGUUUCAUAUUAAUCCCGCUUCAGCGUUAUCUCAGGCAACACAGUCUACUCCAUGUACAUGGCUCGGUCCAGCAUUCGGUGCUCUAAUCACCCUCAUCAACCUGCUUGCUAAAGCAGAGUCCAACAAGUACCUAUCAUUUCGUCAUACUGUUCAUUCCACUGAUCGCGAUGACUAUUAUGACAGAAAUGGCAUGCGACAACUCGAGGAACGCUGCCUCAGUUUUCUGACUAUCAUCCAGAACGAAGGCGAAACCAUGUUACCAGAUGAUAAAACCAGGCUUUGCUCAGGCGCACAAAGCACCAUCCAGGGCAUCCUCGACAGAAUGACUCCAUGGUGCUUGAUGUCUCGAAUCAAGCUUUUCGUCAAACAGGAUGAACUCGCCGGAGUCAUUCAACAAUGUCAUCUUGAGAUAUCUGAUUGCUUAAACAAGCUACAGAUAACCUCGCACCUCGAGAUCCACAGAUGGCAAUCUGCCUUCGAAGACAACCAGAGGAUCGACAACGAAUAUAUGAUCGAAUAUCUCGGGGACCUCAGAAACAAGCAAGAGAUUCUCAUGAAUAACCAACUCCAACAAACCGCCGCCGUAAACCAGAUCUUGACAGUGAUGCAAGAGAAUCUUCCGAGCCACGUCUCUGCAACAGUCCAGCGUGGUCUGGAAAGUAACUUGUACAAUCUUCUCCAGAGUUCCAGAAGUUUACUUCCGAACAUGAACCUGAAACGCGGGGAAGUGAGGCGUACCAGUAAUUAUGCUGUGAAUGGAACGAGUCGGACCGAUGUCUGGGAAGGAUGCUACCUUAAUGAGGAGAAGGUUGCCAUCAGAGUCCUGCGCGCAGUCUAUGCUACACCCAAGACACUCAAGAGGUUCAAGGUAGAGGCGGAGAUUUGGAGAAGAGUGUUCGAAGCAGACAAAGGAGAACACAUCCUCACAAUAUACGGUUUUUGUCAGAGCGACGGAGAAUAUCCUUACACCGUAAGCCCCUGGAUGUCCAAUGGGACCUUAACAGACUACCUCAAUGAAUACCCCGAAGUUGACCACCGAUAUAUCUUGAAAGGCAUUGCCGAGGGCAUCAAAUUAUUGCACAGUAUGUCUGUUGUUCACGGUGACAUCAAAGGGUUCAAUAUCGCCAUUAGCCCGGAUGGCAGGCCACUGCUUUCCAACUUCGGUUUUACAAGACUCGAGGAGGAGAUUAUGAGCUAUUUCGACGUCAGCAGUGGCAGCACUCUUAACCAGGAGUCUCUAAGAUGGUGUCCCGCUGAGCUGUGCAAGAGCGGAGGCAAACGUACAAUGGCGUCCGAUGUCUAUGCCUUCAGUAUGACCGUGCUCGAGCUUAUGACUCACAAAGAACCUUGGGCGUCGGUUCACCUCGCACCUCAAGUCAUCCUUAAGGUCUGUCAGGGCGAAACUCCGUCUCGACCCACGGACCCAGUCGUUGCAGAACGAGGCUUGGACGACACGCUUUGGGCCCUGUUGGAGAAGUGUUGGUGCAUGAACAUGCAUAAGAGACUCACCAUGAAAGAGAUCGCGAGCUGCUUGUAA